AUUGGCCAUUCAUCAAGAGACAGUUUUUGUGAGCGGAGCUUGACCGAGUUUUCUAUGUUUCCACUGCCAAUUUAUGCAUUUUUGUUUUUAUACUUUGUCAACAGGUGGACAUGGCAGCCAAAGAAACACCGAAUGCUACUCUACAGAAGAUGCACAGGAGUUAUCUAGAGUGCAGCAUCUGCCGUGGCACAUUCCAGGAACCCAAAGCACUGAAAUGCUUGCACACUUUCUGUAGAGGCUGUCUGCAGUGGUACUGCGAUGCCAAAGGCACAACAACGAUUACUUGUCCAGUUUGUAGACAGAAUACAGUGCUCCCACAGACUGGUGUUAAUGGCCUACAGGCCAAUUUCUUCCUCACGAGUUUAGCUGGGGAUAUCAAGGAGUUGGAAACCAAACUUGAGUACAACUCUGAGAGGUCUUGUCCGAAGCAUAAAGGAAUGAUACCACAGUUUUACUGCGAGACUUGCCAGAAGUUAGCCUGUCGAAAGUGUCUUCCUAAGGACCAUCGUAAGAAAGACCACCAAGUUAUAGUGGCUAGUCUUGCUUCUGUGAAAUACAAGCAAGCUCUGCAACAGUAUUUCGUAGCUUUUAAGGAGAACAUCAAGAUGCUAGAACAAGAUCUCAUCAAGGUAACUGAAGCUAAACAGGAAUUGGAUAGCCAUGUUACGGGUUCUGUCAGGAAGGUCUGGAGCAGAGCUGCUGAGCUCAUUGCAGAGGUCAAGGCUAAGGAGAAGCAACUGGUUGCCAUGAUCCGUAGACUGGAACAGGUUGAGAGAAGCAGGCUGGAGGAGCAAGAGGAUAAAAUCAGGGAGAUGCUGCAACCCAGAGUUCAGUUACUCGCUAAAGCCAAGGACCUUGCAAACAAUUCAGAAGUUACCGACUUCAUUUUUCUCUAUCCUGUCCUCAGACAUGAUUUGGAGACAUUGAGCCUUUCCUUUCCGAGGGUCACAGAGCAGGUGAUUCUUCCUGUAUUCCAAGAGAGCCAAGACAGAGCAGUCAUCAGUCUGGGUGAGGUGGUCAUGGAAGGCUCUUGGAAGCUGUGCCGAACGUUUGACAAUCUUGGGAGUGGCCAGGGGAAGUUCAAAGCAGCUAGGGGCAUUGCAGCUGCUGAACCUGACGAGAUUGCUGUGGCUGACUGGUUCAAUGGCCAAGUGGUAAUCUUUGACACACAGGGGCAGUUCAAGGACUCCAUUGCAGUUCUUGCAAGUAAGUCAUAUAAAGUAGACUUUAACCUGUUUACUCUUUAAGAGAUUUUUGUGUUGU